AUGAAGUACUCAAAGAACCGCCUAACAGAGAAGGGAUGUGAAGGAGCUGGUCCUUCUACACAUACAGGUGGGUCCAUAACACAUGAGGAGCAUGCUAGAUGCAUACAAAAUGCUAAGACAGACAAAGUUCCUCCAACAGCAGCUGAGUUGUUUCUCCACACCCAUACAAAGAAGAGUGAUCGCGACAAAUUUGUUGAUAAACGAGCUGAAAUUGUUUAUGAAAAUUAUCUGAAGCUAAAAGAACAAUAUUCAAGCCAGUAUGUAGGAUCAGAUCAUGUGGAAGGAGAUGGAGGAACUAUUAAUGAGGAUCAAUUGUUCAUUACUACAGCAGGAGGAUGGCAAGGAAGUCGAGUUUAUGGUUUAGGUAGUGCUGCUUCUUCUGCCUUCUCUCAAACAGGAACUGGGGGAACAUCAACAAAUGUUCCAUCAUCCCAAUCACCAGAAUGGAAGAAGGAAAUUGAAGCAAAGUUUGAAGAGAAGUAUAAUAGUUUGCAGAAACUUGUAGAAGACCAAAAUCAGCUGAUAGCUCAAAUGCGUGAUGAACUACAGACAAUGAAGAUGGGACAACAGUCUUCCUCAUUGAUGCCAUCAUCGUCUGAUAUUCCUCCAGCUCAUAGAUCCCUUGGUGAUUCACAUAUGGAUUAG